AUGGCACUUGGAGAUUCAUUAAGAUACACAUCAGCGUUGUCGGUGGGUUUAGAAGUUGUAUUUGUGGUGAUCACGGGUGUAGUAACCGUCAUUAAAUUAAUCAACGGAAGCAUUAGAAUGCCACGUUUGCAGCCACCUGACGGGGCAUCAUUCUUGAAGCUUUUCACAACCGUUCCUGUAUUAGUCACUGCCUAUAUCUGCCACCACAAUGUUCACCCGAUUGAGAACGAGUUAAAAAAUCCAACCUAG